AUGGCUAGUUCAGGAAGUAUCUUCAAAAAAGCAGCUCCGAAUAAGGAAGAAAGGGAGGCCUGUUGGGCGGCGCGUGACUCCUUCUGGAAAUGUAUUAAGGACGCCUAUUCCGAGGGCCGUGAAGUUCCGGAGGAGCUGGCAGACACGGUUAACGUGUCACAGUGUCAGGCUCUUCGUAAAACCUAUGAGGCCGCCUGCCCGCAUUCCUGGGUAUGUACUUUAUGGGGGGUGAAUUUCAGCCCUACAGUGAUGUACAAAUCACGAAUUGCACUAAAGUAA